AGCAAAAUUAGAAACGAAGUGACACAUUCAAACUCAUUCAUCAUGGCCACCGCAACAGAGACCUCUCGAGGCUUCAAGAGGAGACGCAACUCGAUUACCGAAUUUGAGCGGUCCCUGAUGACCGCGCCCGUAGCUAGUGGUUCAAACUCGCCACCCAACGGCAUGACCAACGGGCACACCAGCAACGGAGCCUCGAAUGGAUCAGCUGUGGCGAAUGAUGAGGAUGACGACAACUAUACUCCCUACGUUCCCGUCGCCAAGCGUAGGGCCAACCUGCUCUCUUCCCUCUCACAACGUCACCAACCGGCAAAGACCGUGACAAAGACGCCUGAAGAUCUCGCUCGCGAGCAAGAGGCAUUUCAGCGAGAGCAAGAGGCAGCCGAGGAGGUACGGCGUGAAAAGGCGAGGAAGGAACGUACACUGCUAGAGGAGGCUCAGGAAGUUAAGAAGAGGCAAGCCGAGUUGGACCUGCAGGAGACCGAUCUCGAGCGAGAGGCAAAGAAGGAAGCCGAGAUCUUGGCCGCUCUCGAGAAGCAGCAAAAGAAGUUGGCGAGUGCUGCCGAGUUGGCUAAGGGUGUGAGCUAUACCGAGAGUAUCAAGACAACAUGGCAGGCACCGCGUUACAUCCGAGACCGGACCGAGGCUCAGAACGACGAGGUUCGAGAACAGCAUCAUAUCAUCGCCGAAGGGGACGAUAUCCCUCCUCCCAUCUCCCGCUUCGAGGAUAUGAAAUUGCCCGCUCCGAUCCUCAAAUACCUGAAGAGCAAAGGUAUUCUCAAACCGUCACCGAUUCAGACGCAGGGAAUCCCAACCGCUCUGCAGGGCAGGGACAUUAUCGGUGUCGCCCAGACCGGUUCCGGAAAGACCUUGGCAUUCACGCUCCCGGCCAUCAUGGCGAGUCUGGAAAUGGAGGCUAGGUUGCCCUUCGUUCGAGGAGAAGGGCCUGUAGCCAUGGUCAUCUGUCCUUCGCGAGAACUGGCCAGACAGACCUAUGAAGGAUGCGUGGCUAUGUGCAAAGUCCUGGCAGAGAAGGGCGAAUACCCCGAAAUCCGAUCGCUUCUGUGUAUGGGAGGUAUCAAUAUGGCCGAUCAAUCCGAAGUGCUCAACCGAGGUGUACACAUUGUGAUCGCCACUCCGGGUCGACUAAUGGACAUGCUGGAGAAGAAGAAGCUGAACUUGGAGAACUGCAAGUACAUGUGUUUCGACGAGGCCGAUCGAAUGGUCGAUAUGGGUUUCGAGGAAGACGUCCGAACGAUCAUGUCCUUCUUUAGCCACCAACGUCAGACCCUCCUAUUCUCAGCAACAAUGCCCCAAAAGAUUCGAGAUUUCGCACAGGCUUCCUUGAUCGAACCGGUCCUGAUCAACGUCGGUCGAGCAGGAGCAGCCAACUUGGAUGUCAUCCAAGAAGUCGAAUAUGUCAAGCAAGAGGCCAAGAUGCUGUACCUCCUCGAAUGUCUGCAGAAGACGCCUCCUCCUGUCGUUGUCUUCAGUGACAACAAGAACGAAGUCGACGACAUCCAGGAGUACCUCUUGCUGAAGGGGGUCGAAGCUGUGGCGAUUCACGGUAGCAAGAGUCCGGAAGAGCGAGAGUUUGCCAUCACCUCUUUCAAGGACGGGCGGAAAGAUGUUUUGAUUGCCAGUGGAGUCGGAUCCAAGGGUUUGGAUUUCGCCGAGAUCAAGCACGUCAUCAACUACACCAUGCCAAAGGAGAUCGAAGAUUAUGUCCAUCAGAUCGGUCGUACCGGUCGUGGAGGUCGAACGGGUUUGGCAACGACGUUUGUCGACGCCAGCUUGAACGAGGCCAUCUUGUUGGACUUGAAGUACCUGCUACUUGAAGCCAAGCAAAAGGUUCCCGAGUUCAUCAAAUCGAUCGAUGAUCCGAUGGAAAAGUACCACGCCGCUGGAACGGUCGGAAAGGCAUGUGCCGUCUGUGGUGGUCUCGGUCAUUCGAUUGUCAACUGUCCCAAGCUCGAGGACGCUCAACGACGACAGAUGGCGGGGCAGACGGGUCGGGAAGGUGGUGGAGGAGGUGGUUACUAAGGAAAAGAGGAAGGAGAUUUUCCCGCUAUUGUAUCAUCGCCAACGUCGUGCUAUGACAUCAUUGUUUUUGA